AUGGCGGAGAGGCCAGAGGACCUGAACCUCCCCAACGCGGUGAUCACCCGCAUCAUCAAGGAGGCGCUCCCAGAUGGGGUGAAUGUGUCGAAAGAAGCGAGGAGAGCCAUAUCCCAGGCCGCCAGUGUGUUUGUGUUGUACGCGACCUCCUGUGCAAAUAAUUUUGCCAUGAAAGCCAAGAGAAAAACUCUGAACGCAGGAGACGUUUUGGCUGCGAUGGAGGAAAUGGAGUUUGAACGAUUCCUGGAGCCUCUCAGAGAAGCUUUGGAAGUGUAUAAGAAGGGCCAGAAAGGAAAGAAGGAGGUGUCGGAGCAGAAGCGCAAAGAUAAGGAGAAGAAGACCGACUCAGAGAAUGACAAGAGCAGGGAGGAGGAGGAGGAAGAGGAGGAGCGCAUGGAGGAGGAGCCCGAGGCCGAGAACGAAGCCGAGGAGGAGGAGGUGGAGAACUGAGGACGUUUCACCGCAAAGCUCCGGUGAUAUGAACGGUGAAAUGCGCUUCAUCGGCUCCUCUGAGUUUAUCACUGUCUGGAUGCGAUGCGUUCAAGUGACGCGUGUUGGUCACCGAGAAUGGGUUAAUGAGGUCAAAGGAGGUGAGGUUAUGGUCCAGUGUUUGUGGCGCUGCAGCUUCUGUCUUCCAACCGGACACACAACAAAACAGCCAACUCAAAGCACAAUGCAACCACACGUGAAACUACGUCAUGCACUUCCCGAUUUUUGUCUUAGUCCAUUUUGUAUUUUAUUUUAUUUUUUUUUUUAAAUACCUGAGUCACAUUCUGAUACCAACGCUGUCUGGUCUCUUCUGUAACAGGAUUUCUGGACAGUAAGCAGUAGACAGUAGUUCAGGAAGUGAAAUACAGCUGAAAGGGACUGAUUCUGUCCUCUGUGAACCAACACACUUUGGCAAAUAACCUUUUCAAUCAGUUCACCACUGGAGAGACCAGGCGUCUGAAAUGUAUGAAAACAAUGCGACAUCUUCAAACCGAAAAAUACAAACAUCUGUCUACAAAACCCCUGAUUGAUUUAACAAAAGAAGCCGGAGCUCUGAAAUGAUAAAUGUUGUGUAAACACAUGUAGAAGAACUUUUACUGAAUAGAACGUGGUCUAAAAUUUAUAAUAUUAAACCAGGAACUAUCUCAUCCUCAUCGAAUAAGUGAACGAACAAACAAAUUUGAAAAAACGAUCUUGACAUUUGAUGCCAGCUUCUGCUGCAAAAUCACAGCCUAGUUUUGAAUUUCUUACCGUGGUCGGGGUUUUCAGUUGUAACAGGAUGUGUGGGUGUUGGGAGUUUCACACCCAAAAGACUUCACGUGUGUUUAUAAAAGACUGUGGUAGCUGUAAUGAGCUGUUGCUGGACUCCAUCGCUUCAUACCCAGUACAAAUAGCUGUGACUAGGCCUUGUUGUUCCUUAUCUGCUGAGUUUGUGAACCAUUUAUACUUUUUGUAGAAUUGUAUAUGACUGGCUGAGAUUUUCAAUAAAUAUUUUGUAUAAAACCAAA